GGCGCGUGCCUGUGUGUGUGCACACGCCCUCCAUCUGCUGGUGAACGCACACAUCCACGCACACCUUCAGCCUCCUUUCUCACUCCCCUCCCUGCUGCCCAAGCAGCCGCAUGCUCUGAACAGACCUCCCGUUAGUUGGCACACUGCUUGGGCUGCUCCCCUCCGCCGCCGGCCGCCGCCGCCGGCCGGGGCUCCCCGACUUGCGCUCCUUCCAGCUGCUGCGGCGGCGGCAGCAGUGGCGGCGGUUGCUGCCAGGGGAAAGCUGGGCAGCCAGGCGGAGAGCAGUGCUUUUAAGCCUUUGCGUCCUGGAGGGGGGGGACACACAGAAGCCCGCGGACCACAGUAAGAAGCCCUGAGCGAGGCGCCCCCACUCUUGCCUCCUUUCUGCCUCCCUCCCCUCCCCCUUCCCUUCCUCCUCCCCCUCUCCUCCCCUCCUUCGCCCCCGCCGCCGCCGCCGCCGUCCGGCUGCCUCCCGGGCCGCCAGCCGCCGCACUCCCCGCAGCCAGCCGGCGCGAUGGUGAAGCCCGCCGCCGCCGCCACGCAGCCAUGGAGCCCGGCCGAGCAGCCCGCGCGCUCCUCUGCCUCCCUGCCCACAGUCCGCCCCCCGAGCCCGAGCCCCGAGCGUCCCGGGCCAGCAGCCCCCGGCGCCCGCCGCCACUGAAGCCCCGGGCCAUGGCGGCCUCGUGCCGGGACCGCAGCUAGCUCGCUCGGGCCACCGCCACCGCCGCCGCCGCCACCGCGGAGGAGGAGGAGGAAAAGGAGGAGGGAAGACCUCGCAGACUCUGGAUUCACAAAAUUUCAGAGUUGGAAGAAUUUCAGACUUUCAUCAGCCAUCUAGUCCAACCCCUCCCAGAAGAGCAUCCCCACUCUCCAGACACUGCUGCCGCCGCCGCCGCCGCCACUGCUGCUGCCAGAGCCCGAGGAGAAGGGUCAGUGCCCAUCCCACAGCCCCAGCUGCAGGGGGGGACAGACAGGCACCCCAGGACUGGCCUUAGCAGCUGCUUGAGAAGGCCUAGCCGAGCUCCAGACCUGUAAAGGUCCGAUUCUCCGAAGGUCACUGCCAGCAAAGAGACCCAGACAUGUUGAAGAAAGAAGCUCUCCUCCUCAUCCCCAACGUCCUGAAGGUGUUCUUAGAGAAUGGGCAGAUCAAGUCAUUCACGUUUGAUGGACGGACUACUGUCAAGGAUGUGAUGGUGACGUUACAGGACCGCCUCUCCCUAAGGUACAUCGAACAUUUUGCUCUCGUCCUGGAAUAUGCAAGUCCAGAACAGAGCCACAAGUUCCUGCUUCUCCAGGACAAGCAGCCCCUGGCCCAUGUGGUUCAGCGGACACACUAUCAAGGCAUGAGAUGCCUCUUCCGGGUGAGUUUCUUUCCCAAAGACCCCGUGGAGCUGCUCCGCCAAGAUCCUGCUGCCUUCGAGUACCUGUACAUCCAGAGCCGAAAUGAUGUUAUCCGAGAACGCUUUGGAAUGGACCCCAAGCCCGAGAUGCUCUUAGGUCUCGCCGCCCUACACAUUUUCAUCACUGUCUCUGCCGCGCGGCCCAGCCAGAAGUUCUCCCUCAAGAAUGUGGAGAAGGAGUGGGGCCUGGAACCCUUUCUUCCUCCCUCCCUCCUCCAGAGCAUCAAAGAGAAAAACCUUCGGAAAUCACUCUCCCAGCAACUGAAGGCACACCAAGCCCAUCCCCCCAGCGGCACCAAGGGUUCCCAGAUGCAGGCCAAGCUCCAAUACCUUCGGAUUCUGAAUGAACUUCCCACCUUCACAGGCGUCCUGUUCAACACUGUGGGCCUGGACGAGAAACAUUCCGCCACGACCCUCCUGGUGGGGCCCCGCCAUGGAAUCAGCCACGUGAUUGACCUGAAGACCAACCUCACCACUGUGCUGUCAGAGUUCAGCAAAAUCAGCAAGAUCCAGCUGUUCCAGGAGAACCAGGGCGUGGCCCGGGUAGAGACCAGCAUCUUGGAUGCCAAGCCUCUGGUACUGUUGAUGGAAUGGCCGGAAGCCACCAACUUUGCCUGCCUGAUUGCGGGGUACUGCCGCCUCCUGUUGGACUCCAGGAAAAUGAUGUUCUCCAAGACUCCCAGCCAGGCUCCAUCCCUUCCAAUGAACAAGGCAGAUUACAUGCAAAAUGCCCACCACCCUGUCUCUGGGGGCCACCUGGGGAAGAAGGAGAGUAGUUUUGUGGGCAGCAUGGUCUCCAGCCCUGGGAAGCCGUGCUCACAGGGCCCCCCAACUGCCAACUCAGAGCUUGUCAGUUUCUGCUACCUCCACAUGCGGGAGCAGAGGAAGGAGAGGGAGAGCCAGACAGACAUCAAUGAGAAUCUAAUCUUCUUUGAGGAGACCAGACCCAGGACCAAGUCCGAUCCAACAUCCAAAAGCUCUGGCCAGGGUUAUAGUGAGGCUGCCAACGACUACGACACCACCAGGCCGGUCCAGGUGCCCUGUACCAGCAGAGCCCGGGCCUAUACCAUAGAUAAUACCCUUGGGGCUGAGGCCCUGAAUUUCUACUGCGACUCCUGCAAAGCAAAGCUCAAGAACCAGCUGGGCUCCCGGAAGAACAGGAGGCCUGGGACCUCCUGUGACAAUAUGGUGGAUCUCAUGUCCCUCCCUCCCCCUGGGAGUGAGGAAGAAGAAGAGGAGGAAGAUGAGAGCACUGCCCUGCUGCCCGCCAUUGCCGCCCCACCCCCUGGUUUCCGGGACAACAGUUCCGAUGAAGAUGAUCCCAAACGCCGAGUGGCCCAAAGCCAGGAGCAAGGUCGGCCCUUGUGUGGAAUCUUAUACGAUGAGAUCCCGGUGACUCUGAUUGACAGCGUGCAGACCCGGACCGUCCGAGACCAUGCACAGGAGCUAGACGAUGCCCUGGUAUCCACCCUGCAAGCUCUGGAAGCUCUCGCAGCAGCAGAGGACUGUCCGCAUCCCCCACCCCCACAGACAGCAGGUCUGAUUGUGCUGGCCACCAUCACCCCUGAAUCAUCUCUGGACUCUGGCCAUGAAACCAAUUCAUCUGAGCUGACAGACAUGUCCGAGAUGGUGUCCGCCAUGAAACAGCGUCAGAACGCCACCUACUUUCUGGCCCAGCACAUCAACAAGGAGGGCCUCCUGGCUCGCAAGGACCUCCCCUUCCGGAUCCCAAGCUGUGCGACCCAGGCUGUUCUAACAGCCCCGUACCCUCUGGGGCGCCAAGAGGCUGGCCCUGCGGUGGCGGCGGCGGCGGCGGCGGCAGCAGCCCGCAAGGUGGCCCUCCCUGGCCAAGGCCCCGGCCCCGUUGGCAACAGGAGAAGAUUAGACCCUGCCGAAGUGCAGACGCACCGGGAGCUCCCCCCAGCCCUGGCUGUGCACCCGGCACUGGCCUCGAAGCUCAGCAGUGAGCCACGGAGCCAGGGCCUGGUGCCGUGGGGAGCAGAAGGCAAGGAUCCUGAGCACCCGAAGGCUGCCCUGGAGAUGUCUCUGAGGGCCACCCCCUCUGCUCUAAGUGGAGAGCAGGGCGCAGAGCUGAGGGAGAAGGUGCCCAAGGAAGUAAGGCUGAGUCCCAAGCUGAUCUUGGACUCCAAGGGCAGUGUGACUCCAGCCAUCCUCUCGGCAGCCUUGCAGCAAGCGGUACAUAAUAAGGCCCUGGCCUCCCCGGGGGCCGCUCUGGACAGCACCCCCAGGGGAGAGAGGAAGCAGGGGCCCAGCACAGGCAGCAGCAGCAGCAGCAUCUGUAAGAGUCUCAAAACCAAGGGGAGCCCCAGUCCUGCUGAGGUCACACUCAGCUACCAGCAGCAGCAGCAGCAGCAGCAGCAGCAGCAGCAGCAGCAGCAGCAGCGGGGUAGGGGGCAGUUCAGCCCAGAGGCCUCUCCUAGAGCCAAGGCCCCUUCUAGGAUCCAGGCUGACCCCUUGCGCCUCUCUCUCAUAGAGGAGGACAAGCUCUCUGCUCAGGGCUUCCCUGCCAAAAGCUACCUCCCAAGAAAGGUCCGGGAGCCCCUCGGGAAGCAGGUCAGUGGGGAGGUGGGGAGCAGGGGUGGGUCUGAGGGAGCCAGCUCAGCCUCUAGGAAGCAGGGCUUUGCCAUGAGUCAAGGGGAGAGAGGGCAAAUGGAGAGCAGCCGCCUGGAGGAUAGUGGCCGAGGCCCCCGAGCUGGCCACCCUAGCACCUUCCAGAGCUCCGGUGGUCAGCCCAGAGGUCCGAGCUCAUUGGGGCUCUGGGCUGGUGGCCGGCAGGCAAAUACGAUGCCCUCCAGGAAACCCGCGAAGGCUCUGGAUGGGGCCCACUCCGACACCGAUGGGCCGGCCAAGCCCAAGGCCUCGAAGGCGCCGUUCCGCCUGAGGAAUCUCUUCUCGGCCACCUUCCCAUCCUUGAUGAAGAAGGAGACUGAUGAACGGCAGGCCCAGCUACAGAAGGUAAAACAGUACGAGUUGGAAUUCCUGGAAGAGCUCCUGAAGCCCCAGAGCAAGGGGGACCUCCCUGCCCCGGAGUACCUGCAUCCCUCGGGCCCUGGCCGCUGUAGCUGCCAGCUGCGGAGCAGCCCUGUCCAGCAGGUGCCUGGCAUCUCCCGGGAGCAGCGCCGCAGCUGCGACUGUAAGCGGAUUUGCCGAGGAGGGAGACCUCAAGCAGCCCAGCUCCCCGCUCCCGAGCUGCUCCGGGGCAGAGAGAGAAACCAAGGCCUCCCUCUCCCGAAGCGUCCGGAGGCCCUCUCUGCCUUGAGCUUCAGCAGCCCCACCGAGAGCUGCCGAGUUCGGUCCACCAGCCUGGAAUCCCGGGAAUGCCGAUCAGAGCCUGAGAGUGGUGUGUCAUGCCUGGCCACCUGUGCUUCUAGGGGGGAGUGCAUGGCAGCCCCGCAUUAUAGGAAGCUAAUGCGCCGCUAUAGUGUUAGUGAGCUGGACAAGAGUGACCAGGCCUCUCUGACCUCUGACAUCUACCAGCACCCGCCCCUAGGGCUGCUGCCCAAGGAGGCAGAUGCUGGCUUUCCCCAGAGUGUGGGUCCCAAGGGCAAGCCCCAUGAGCCGAUGUCCCUGGGGGACCCCUCUUAUGUCCAAGUCACUCCCAAGGGCAAAGGCCCCAAAGCAACAGCCACAUUUUCCCUUCCAGAAGAGGUGUAUCCUGGCCCAGCUGAUCUGGAGGAGGAUGGUGAAGGCGACAAGUGCUGCUCCAUCCGCUACUGCUUCUAUUACCGCAAGUGUGACAUGGCCGACGACGGGAGCGACGGCAAGGACGAGCUCUCCUACUCGAUCCCCAUGCAGUUCCUGCCGGGCAUGAAGCUGGACGACCAGGUGGUGCCCGUGGUGAGCCACACCCUGCAGGUGCUGGACGCCACCACCUGCAGCAGCAGCAGCCCCGAAGACAACCAGACCCAGGAGAUUGACCUGAGGAUCUCUACCUUCGAGGGGAGCCUGGCUAAGAUCAAUGCCCUGCAGGGCCACAUCUACGCCCUGCCUGAUGGCUUCCUGGCUGUGCAGCUGGACACCAACGAGCUGCUGGCAGUCCUCCGGCAAUGUGUGGUGAACCCCGAGGUCCGGGGCCCCAAGCCCCACACCUCCCAGCUUUCCCAGUAUAAGCAGGAGCUGGCCCUCAAGUUCAAGGAGCUGCGGGCCUCCUGCCGCCGCGUGGCCGCAGUGGAUAAGAGCCCCACACACAUGCUGGCGGCCAUCACUGGCAGCUUCCAGGUGCUAAGCGGCCUCAUCGAGACCUUUGUGCGGCUGGUGUACAUCGUGCGCUCCGAGGCCCAACGUCAGGAGCUGCUGGUCAAGGUGGAAGAGGUUGUGAAGAACUACACCUUCCUGCUGCGAGCCGCUGAAGAGUCCACGGCCCGCACCCUGAACCAGCAACAGAUGGCGGCGGCGGCGGCCUUGGGGGCAACGGGACCAGCCCUGGAGCGCCCACCAUCAGCGACUGUUAUGAGCACAUUCACGCGCUCCUUGAAGACCCUGAUCAACAAGUAAACCUUGGUCCUCCUCCCCACCCCGACCAGCCCCCUAGCACCAGUCCCCCAGCUCCACCUGCUGAGCUGCCCGAUGACCAGUGGUCCUCUGAGCAGCCUGGCGGUAGGAGGGAGCACAGUCUUUGUGUGAGUCGUCUGCCAGGCCAGACCAAGUUGAGGGUCUCUUCACGUCAGGGAAACAAGAUCCAAUCCCCACCCUGGUCAAGGCUUUUCCUGGAGCCUCCAGGCAGCUGCUGCCCAGGUGCCCUCCUCCCCAUGCCCAGCCACCCCCAACCCCUCCCAGGGAGGUCACUUUUUGAGAGGUGAUACCCAUCUCACUUCCUGCCCUUUGUUUAAGCCUAAAGGGGCCUUAUCCUAUGGGAGAGUGGGCUGGCUACCGAGUUCCAGGCUCCCCACAAAUAAGUGCCCCACGCCUCCCCCCUGCCUGGGAACCACCCAGAGGCAAGGCAUCGCCAACUGCCAUGGGGGAUGGGGAGCAGAGUGCCACCAAGCCGGGCACCGAGCAAGCUGGGCACCCACGCUACCACGUGGGGAGACCGACGGGAACCACAUCCCAAGGUCGCUAAGCCUCGGUGCCCGACAUAGCCAGGCCACCCUGAAGUCCAACGGAUGGGUGUUGAUGCGGCCCCUUAAAGGGCCGUUGGCUAUUUGGUGCCCGCUCGCCCACGAGCCAGAAGCUGAGCUGCCGGCUAGCAGCCGGAGGGAGCCCUUCUGCCCUGGCCCCAGCAGGGGUGCCCAGCCCCCUGGCCCAGGCCUGCAUGCCACCCGGUGGCCACCCGGGCAGGACAACUCCCAGGCCCUUAGUGAGCUAACAGCUAUCAAUCUACUCCCUUACUCUGGCCACGGCACCUGGUUCCAAUGUCUGACUCCUCGGAGCGCCCUUCUCAGUCCCCCCAGAAGGGCCAGCCCCUACCGGCGGCUGAGAUGCCAUCUCUCCAUGGCUCCUUCAGACAUCGUGCCCAUAGGAUUCAACCGGGAGUGGGGGACCCAGGGGAGGGGGGUGGGUUUUUUUUAAACUCCCGGGCAUUAGCAUGAGAGCCCCUGAGGAACUGAGAGCCUUAUCUGGUGCCUCCGUGCACCUCCCUCUCUCCAGGAAAACCUGGAGCAGACUUGACACUGUUCCGAACCCUCCCCUCCAAUAUACGUCCCGGUUUCCUAGCCCUUUAGGAGUGGAACCCCAAAGUCCCCCACAUCUCCCUACCGCCGUAGGGAUGAAACAGAGUGGCUUUAUCCUCCUGCAUAGAUCAAUUACUGUCCACCCAUUCACAGCCAUCAGCCUCUUUUUUUUAUAAUUAUUCUAGAAGCCCACAUCUGAUCCCCCAUCUCAUGAUCUUUCUAGAAUGUACACUGUGCUUUACACCGCCCCCCCCACGCCCCAGUGCAAUAAGAUUCCCUGAGUGGUGAAUACUUCUGGCAAUGGGCAAGAGGGCAGAAUUCUCCAGAAGGGAAGCCCCUUGCUCCUUACCUGACCCCCCAAGACCAAGUAGCCAAAUGGAUCAGAGGGAGCUUGCCAGCAGGGGACACGUCUCCCCUGUGACCACAGAAGGCGAGAGAGCUGCCACGCGUGGUCUCUGGUCUCUCCUCUUUCCCACAUUUCCAUAGCCACAGAUUCCCCAUUCGAAUCCUUCUUCCACACCUUCCCUGUUCUGUGCCUGUCGCAUUCCAGGUUCUCCCUUCAUCUGCCUCUCAUCCUCAUAGAGGAACCAUUUUUUAAUGUCUGUAUAUAGUAUAUAUACAAAUAAGAUAUAUACAUUAUAUAUGCAACGUGUCUUGUUUUACAAAUAAGAAAGAAAGAUUAAAUCUAUUCAUCUGAAUAUCCUAA